CAAAGUCACGUGAUUAUUAUUGACCAAUCAACGGCGUUGUUUGGCUGCCAAGAAAACCCAGUAAGGCGAAAGACAGUCGAAAGCAAAAUGCCGACCAAACAGAAGAAGGAGAAGAAAAAGAAGAGCACAGAUCAUCCACCCGUAACACCGCUCACUAAAAUAACUCCGAUGGCAAAUGUUCCCGAUAAGAAAAACAAACGACAGAAUAGUUCGAGAUUUAAUAUCACUAAGAACAGAGAGCUUAUAAAGUUGGAAGCACUCAAAGACGCUUCACCCGCCGAGAGGGAAGAUCUCUUUAUUGCCAAAUUGCGUCAGUGUAUGGUAUUGUUCGACUUCGUUCAAGACCCACUAUCUGAUUUAAAAUGGAAGGAAGUAAAAAGGGCAGCCCUUAAUGAAAUGGUUGAAUAUGUCACCCAUAGUCGAAGUGUUGUUACGGAAGCUGUCUAUCCUGAGGCAGUUAAAAUGUUUUCCAUCAAUCUUUUCCGAACGCUACCGCCUUCUUCAAAUCCUUCUGGAGCCGAGUAUGAUCCGGAAGAGGAUGAACCAACGCUUGAAGCAUCCUGGCCUCAUCUUCAGCUCGUCUACGAAUUUUUUCUACGAUUUUUAGAAACUCCAGAUUUUCAGGCGAAUAAUGCAAAACGCUUUAUUGAUCAACCGUUUGUUUUGCAAUUAUUAGAAUUGUUCGAUAGCGAAGACCCAAGGGAGAGAGACUUCCUUAAAACCAUUCUACAUAGAAUAUAUGGGAAAUUUCUGGGUUUACGAGCUUAUAUUAGGAAACAAAUUAACAAUAUUUUCUACAGGUUUAUAUAUGAAACAGAGCGUCAUAACGGUGUCGCAGAACUUUUAGAAAUUUUAGGGAGCAUUAUUAACGGAUUUGCGCUACCUCUCAAAGAGGAACAUAAAUUGUUUUUGCUGCGAGUCCUACUUCCGUUACACAAAGUCAAGUCGCUUAGUGUAUAUCAUCCUCAAUUAGCAUACUGCGUCGUACAAUUUCUAGAAAAGGAUCCUAAUUUAACCGAACCGGUUAUAAAAGGAUUGCUGAAAUAUUGGCCCAAAGUGCAUAGUCCAAAAGAAGUGAUGUUUCUGAACGAACUUGAAGAAAUUUUGGAUGUUAUAGAACCUGCAGAAUUUGCUAAGGUUAAAGACCAUUUAUUCAAGCAGCUAUCAAAGUGCGUUAGCAGUCCUCACUUUCAGGUGGCGGAGAGAGCCUUAUAUUAUUGGAACAACGAAUACAUUUUGAGCCUAAUUUCGGAUAGCGUGGACACUAUUUUACCCAUUAUGUUUCCGGCAUUGUACAAAACGAAGCAGCAUUGGAACAAGACUAUUCAUGGACUGAUUUAUAAUGCGUUAAAAUUGUUCAUGGAGAUGAAUCAAAAAUUAUUUGACGAGUGUACCCAAAGAUACAAAUCGGAAAGGCAGCACGAAAAGGAAAAAUUUAAAGAACGUAACGAGAUCUGGCAGAAGCUCAACGGUAAAGCCAAGGCUAAUCCCAGCUACAAGAAAUUUGCUGCAACCCUCAGUGAACCAGACUUGACUCGCUACGAAAUAGGUGAUGGUGUUGAAGAUAUUGAUGAGACAGUAAACAUCGAUCAAAUAGCAAGCGAAGCCAAACAGACAAAACCAAAUGCUAACAAAAAUGACAAAAAACCUUUGCUUAGAAGGAAAUCUGAGUUGCCACAUGAAUCGUCGACGUUUAGGGCCCUAGAAGGACAUAAAAGAGCGGACGAUCAUUUAUCCAGAACGACAGAAAAUUAA